AAAAUUGCAUAUUAAUGUGUUUAAUAUAUUUAGGUAUUUCGUGUUACCUUCCUGCAAUUUAAUGAACAUCCUCACAAACAGUCAUGUCAGCCCGGAAUAUUUAGACGCUCCCUCUUACAGAAAGUGGUGAAAGUCAGAUCUGCGACAACAGAAAUGCCUUUGCAAGUUGCUAACAAACACUGAGCAUCGUUUUAAAACAGAGGAAACAUGGCUAAUAUUCCUACGUCCGUGACGACAUUAGAAGAAACGAGAACUCGUCUCUGUGAGGAGUUUGCGUCCCUCACAGGAUCGGAUAGCGCUGUGGCUCAAUGCUACCUUGCUGAAAAUGACUGGGAAAUGGAGAGAGCUCUGAAUUCAUUUUUUGAGGCAGAUAUGGAAGCGGUUUUUGAAGUGGAGGAUUCACCCGAGCAGAACAGUAGCCCACCCAAAGUUAAAAGACAGAAGUUGGACAAACCACAGACCAAUGAGGAAUGCAUUGACCUGACCAAUGAGGAGGCUGCAUGUGCCAGCAGUGCACGGGUAACUGACUCCAAGUCAGUUGAACCCAGAGCCUCCUCUUCAGGCACCAGCUCAGAGGACCCGGAUGACAGCAAACUGUCGCUGGUUUCGUGGAAUGUGGACGGUCUGGACACAGCAAACCUGGGUGACCGCGCUAGAGGCCUCUGCUCUUACCUUGCCCUUUACACCCCUGAUGUGGUUUUGCUGCAGGAACUCAUUGAGCCAUAUGUUCAAUACCUGAAGAAGAGGGCUGUAAGCUACACCAUUAUUGAGGGAGGUGAGGAGGGCUACUUUACUGGUUUGAUGCUGAAGAAGUCCAGAGUAAAACUCCUGAAGAGUGAGAUCGUCAGUUUCCCAUCAACGCAGAUGAUGAGGAAUCUGCUAGUUGCUCAGGUGAAGUUUAAGGAGCAGGACCUGUGUGUGAUGACAUCUCACUUUGAGAGCUGUAAGGGCCAGGCAGAGGAGAGGAUGAAACAGCUCAGGCUGGUGUUGAAGAGGAUGAACGAGGCACCCCCCAAUGUGACUGUCAUUUUUGGAGGGGACACUAACCUGAGAGACACAGAGGUGGUGAAGGUGGGCGGUCUUCCUCAUGGUGUGUGUGACGUGUGGGAGCGCCUGGGCAAGCAGGAACACUGCAGAUACACAUGGGACACGAGAGCCAACAGCAACAAGAGCGUCCCGUAUGUCAGCCGCUGUCGCUUUGACCGCAUCUACCUGCGGCCGGCCAAGGAGGGCCCGGGUUCCCAGAUGGCCCCGGACCACAUGGCCCUGCUGGGUCUGGAGAAGCUAGACUGCGGUCGCUACACCAGUGAUCACUGGGGGAUCUACUGUAGCUUCAUCCCUGGCUCCUGAGGCUCUCCAAUGCUGUCGUGGUACAGUGCUGGUGCCACAACCCCAGGGUUCGGCCCUACAGGGCCUUUUGGGACGCACACUGACUGAGAGUGAAUUUUAAGGUUUAUUGAUCUCGGCAAGACUUAGAAGGGAAUUUGGGCUUUGAGCAGUUUCAACUUCCCAAUGGACAGGUAUAUGGUAGAGCGUGCUGUAAUAGUGGACGGUUAAAGCUCUCCUGUCCUGGCCCAGAUAAGUCCAGUAUUUAACAGCUUAGGUAUCCACUGGUUUCAGUGAGCUUCAACGACUGUUCCCCUUCAGUUCGUCUUCAGAGACCGUGGCUGUCAUUUUAAUUUCAAUGUGCGAUAAGAAAAUGUUUGGUUUUAGAAGCUGAAUCUGUUUUAAUAUUGUGGCUUGAAAUCACUUGAAAACAGUUUGAAUAAAUAAACAUAUGGUAUUGUGCACCUUCA